AUGGUGGUUCCUUCUCUGGACCAGGGCGUCGGCUAUGGCGUCGUGCUGGGCCUUGGCAUAGCCUUUGCGCUGGGCAUGAUUCUCGUGACGUUCAUCCUGCGUCGCUACAACUCGGAGCUGCAGACGUCCGAGAUGUUCACCACGGCGGGCCGCACGGUCAAGUCCGGUCUCGUCGGCUCCGCCGUCGUCUCCUCAUGGACCUGGGCGGCAACGCUGCUGCAGAGCACGGCCGUCUGCUAUCGCUACGGCGUCUCGGGUCCGUUCUGGUAUGCCUCCGGCGCCACCGUGCAGAUCCUCCUCUUCGCGACCCUCGCCAUCGAGCUCAAGCGCCGCGCGCCCAACGCUCACACCUUCCUCGAGAUCAUCCGCGCUCGCUACGGCUCCAUCGCCCACAUGGUCUUUCUCGUCUUCGGCCUCGCCACAAACAUUCUCGUCUCUCUCAUGCUCAUCAUCGGCGGCUCGGCCACCAUCAAUGCUCUCACCGGCAUGCACACCAUCGCGGCCAUCUACCUGUUGCCCGUCGGCGUCGUGGCCUACACCCUGGUCGGUGGCCUCAAGGCUACCAUUUUGACUGACUGGGUCCACACCGUCAUCCUUCUCAUCAUCAUCAUCGUCUUUGCCCUCACGACCUAUGCCUCGUCCGACAUGCUGGGCUCGCCGUCAAAGGUCUAUGACCUCCUUGUCGAGGCUGCCGCCUCCCACCCUGUCUCCGGCAACAAGGACGGCAGCUACCUCACCAUGCGGUCCCGCGAGGGAGGCAUCUUCUUCGUGAUCAACAUCGCUGGAAACUUUGCUACAGUCUUCAAUGACAACGGAUACUGGAACAAGGCCAUUGCUGCCUCUCCGGUCCAUGCGUUGCCUGGUUACCUCAUCGGCGGCCUCAGUUGGUUUGCCAUCCCCUGGCUGGCCGCAACAACGAUGGGUCUUGCGGCUCUUGCGCUGGAGUCGAACCCGAACUUCCCCACGUUCCCUCUGCGCAUGUCGGAGGCCGAGGUGUCUAGCGGUCUGGUUCUUCCCUACGCCGCCGUCGCUCUUCUAGGCAAGGGCGGCGCGGCGGCAACUCUGCUCAUCGUCUUCAUGGCCGUGACGUCGGCUACCUCGUCUGAGCUCAUUGCCGUCUCGUCCAUCUGCACAUACGAUCUGUACCGGACGUACAUCAACCCCGCUGCGAGCGGCCGCAGUCUUGUUUGGAUGAGCCACUGCAUCGUCUGCGCGUACGCACUCUUUAUCGCCAGCUUCUCUGUUGGCCUUUGGUAUGCGGGCAUCAGCAUGGGCUAUCUGUACCUCAUGAUGGGCGUCGUGGUCUCUUCGGCCGUCCUGCCCCUCACCUUGACCCUCACCUGGUCGGGCCAGAACAAAUGGGCUGCUUCUCUGACCCCGAUUUUCGGGCUGGCUUUUGCCUUGAUAGCAUGGCUUGUCACUGCCAAGCAAGAGUGCGGGUCUCUUGAUGUGGACUGCACCGGCUCAAACAACCCCAUGCUUGCAGGCAACGUCGUUGCUCUGCUUUCGCCCUUGAUUUUGGUGCCCAUUUUCACUCUGAUUUUCGGAGUCGACCAUUAUGACUGGCAGUCUAUGCUCGCGAUUCGCAGAGGCGACGACCACGAUCUUGCUGCAUCGGCUGGUGUCGACUUGGAGAACACGCUGGGAGGUCAAGAAGAAACCGACACGGAAUUUGCGCAAGAGCUGGUGAAACUGCGACGGGCUAGCAAAAUUAGCAGGUGUUCCACCGCAUUCUUGACUAUCGCCUUCCUCGUUCUCUGGCCUAUGCCCAUGUAUGGCUCCGGCUACAUCUUCUCAAAGCCCUUCUUUACCGGCUGGGUGACGGUCGGCAUUAUCUGGAUUUUCUGCUCCCUGGCUGCGGUGGGCAUCUUCCCUGUCUUUGAAGGACGGCGCACACUGGCCUACACCUUCAAGUGCAUCGCUUUGGACCUCACCGGAAAGGGCCGGGGAAAAGCAAUUCAGGCCGAACGCGAAACUGCUGCUGUUGCUGUUACGGGCGACGUCACGCCUACAGAGAAAAAGGAUUCUUCCAAGGAAGAGACUGUUGUGAUGUAA